AAUGAUGGACAAAUGUAGUACCCUAUCCUCAGGGGCAGUUGGAAGCAGACCGACAACGAUGAGUGAAACUUCUGAGAAUCGGAAUGGUUCUACUCUCUCAGAAGAUGGCAACGAAGACGUUAGAUUAUACGUUUUCUGUGAUAGAAAUCAAACGAAAGGAUUAAAGAUGGAUUUAUAUAGCGAGAGAUUAAGAAAAUGUGCUUUCAUUUCAGUGGAUUAUAAUACUGUUAGAAACGUUAGAUUUAGCAUGAAGCAAUUGAUGAAGGCGUGCGCUCCUAGUUCAUUACCCAAGACUAUACACGAUACUUAUCAGAGUGAUAAAAGAUUUUUAACAAACAUUGAAAACUCUCAGUGGUUGGCUCAAGUAUCGAAAGUCCUAAAAGUAAGCGGAGCUAUCGUGGAUCUAAUCGAUCUACGAGGGGCGUCCGUUAUGACUGCUCUAGAAGAUGGUAGAGACGCUACAGCGCAGAUAUCAGCUUUAGCUCAAUUAUGCUUAGAUAGUCGUUAUAGAACAAUAAAUGGAUUUAAAUUACUUAUAGAAAAAGAAUGGCUAGGUUUUGGUCACGAAUUUUCAAAGAGGAUGAAACAAUUCGACUAUUGGAAGGAUUCGGAAUUAGUGCCAUUCUUUUUGCAAUGGUUAGAUAGCGUUCAUCAAGUUCUUCAACAAUGUCCAUGUGCAUUUGAAUUUAAUGACUAUUAUCUAAAAUUUCUAGCCUACCACGUUAGUUCAAAUAGGUUCAGAACGUUUAUGUUAAACAACGAAUACGAGCGUUUAAUUAAUGGAUUCUUUUGUAAUUUCAACGAUAAGAGUCUUUUUAAAGGAAAUGGCAAUAAUAGUUCUACUUAUUCUCCGACUCAUGAUUCUCCUGGUUCUUCUAGCGAAGAGACGAUACCUUCUGUUUGGGACUAUAUUGAUGCUCAUCAAAAUAUGGGACCCUAUUUUAUGAAUUUCAACUACGUAAAGGAGAGCGAUCAAGCCGUAUUACGACCAUGCUCAGAUAUCAGCUCAUUGGAAAUAUGGGAUUAUUAUAUAGAUAUUAAUUUUCAUCACGAAUCGCUAUUCGAUUUAGAAAUUGUCAAAAAUCAAUUGAAAAUUACGGAAAAUAUCCAUCAAACAAAACAUAAAAGGGUCGUAAAUGCUUCCUACGAUAAUUCAAACUUUACGCUUCCCGCCCAAUUUACCUCUUCAUUAAAUGAUGUUGAAAGAUAUGAUAAAUACCUUUUAGACGAUGGAUCUAAAUUAAAUAAUUCACCAGGCGUUUGGCAACAGGAAUGGAAUAGUUUAAAAAUAGAUGAUAUUCAAAAGUUGAAGCUUACGCAGCAAUUUAGACUGAACGAAGAAGAAGCUUUGACUAUUCAUAAACGAAUGACUUUAAAUGUAAUUAAAGGCUCUAAAACAACAAAAGACGGAAGUUUUCAUGAAUUUGAAAGUUGCCCAUCUGCAAGACAUAAUACUUGCGCAUCUUGUAAUGGAACACUUACCAAUAAUUCAACGUUUAAAAGUCAAAAACCUCUACAAUGCAUCCAUUGCGGUAUUUAUUGUCACGAAAAAUGCUCAAACAGUUUUGAGAAUGUUUUCUGUCCAAAACAUCCGAACAAUUACGUUUCCGAAAAAGAAUCAUCAGAUACAGAUAAACAAAACGGAUCAGAUUCCCAGACAUCCGACAGUUUAAGUACUCUAAAAGCCGAGAAAACUCUGACUGUUCCGUUUAGAUCGUCUAAUAAAUCGAAUGUUACUCACGAGGGUUAUCUCUUUAAGAAGAAUCAUAAUUCCAUCUUAAGAGGAUGGAAAGCUAGAUGGUUUAUACUCGAUUCUAAUAAACACGAGCUUAGAUACUACGAUAGUAAGGAAGAUAAUAAGGAAAAGGGGAAGAUAGAACUUGUUGAUGUAAAUUACGUUGAUAUGUUGAAAGCUAAACUAAAUUCUCAAACUAUAGAAGACGAUUAUAAAACUUUUGAGAUAAGAACUCAUAAAAGAACAUACUACUUGAGUGCUCUUGAACCUACUGCUGCUAAGGAAUGGGUCGACCAUAUUAACAAUUACAUUCAAGGUUGA